AUGAACUUGUUUUUAUUCUGUCUUCUGGUCGUGCAAAUGCACAGCGGGGCGCCUGUGAUUCACACGCUGAAGUAUUUCUACACUUCGUCCUCUCAAGUUCCAAACUUCCCAGAGUUUGUGAUGGUUGGUUAUGUUGAUGAAGUCCAGGUGGUUCACUAUGACAGCGAGAGCAGGAAAGCAGAAGCCAAACAGGACUGGAUGAACCAAAUCACAGAAGAGGAUCCAAACUACUGGCAGAGACAAACAGAGGGCUGUGUUGUUCAGGAGCAAGUCGACAAAGUCAGCAUUGAAAUUCUUAAGAAGCGUUUCAACCAAACUGGAGGUGUUCACAUUGUCCAGUGGAUGUAUGGAUGUGAAUGGAAUGAUGAGACUGAUGAAGUUAAAGGUUGGAAUCAGUAUGGUUAUGAUGGAGAAGAUUUCAUGUCGUUGGACAUGAAGACAUGGACAUGGACUGCAGCAAAACAACAAGCUUUCCCCUCCAAACUCAAGUGGGACCAGGACAUACUUGGACUAGACUACCAUAAGUAUUACUACACUGAGUAUUGUCCUUCUUACUUGAAGAAGUAUGUGAAGUAUGGCAAGGAGGUCCUAAUGAGAACAGAGCUUCCAGAGGUGUUCCUCCUCCAGAAGACGCCGUCCUCUCCGGUCACCUGCAUGGCGACAGGUUUCUACCCCGACCUAGCCGACCUGUUUUGGAGGAAAGACGGCGAGCAGAUGUUCGAGGACGUGGAGCACGGAGAGCUGCUCCCCAACCACGACGGAACCUUCCAGAUGUCGGUGGAGCUGAAAGUGGAGGUGACGGCCGACGUGGAGGGCAAGUACGAAUGUGUGUUCCAGCUGUCUGGCGUCGAGGAGGACUUGGUCACCAAGCUGGAGAGAAGAAGCAUCCUGAGCAACGCAAGCCAUGAAGACCACUGGAGCGUCGCCAUCGGUGCCACGGCGGCGGUCGUGGCUGUGGCGGCCCUCCUGGCGGCCAUCUUCCUCGUCAGGCGACACAGACAAGAUCCACAGAGACAGAGCACCCACUCUCACACAGAAACACAGCGUGGCGUGAGGAAAAAGUCCAUUUCACCUUUUGUUUCUCUGUCAUUUCAGCCCAAUACGAUCCAGCUCCUCGCCACGGCGGGGCCGAGCUCCCCGAGAACAUGCCGGCUGAAGGCUGAGUGGGACGCGAAGAUGUUCAACUUGGAUUCAUGUGUGUUUGUUGGGAAUGUGCUGAGUCAUCUUCUUCCUCCAGGAUGCUUUGUGCACAGAGAGAUGUCUCCAUGGCUGAGGCACGUCAUCACACUUGGAGAUGAGAUGGAGAUGAGAUGCUUUGUCCUGAGGAAGAUGGCUACCCACCAGCUGCAGCCAAUGAGGGGAACUCCUUUGAAGUCACAUGACAGUCCCUCUCAGCCACAACACUUCCUCAUUCUCCACCAAUCACCUUUCAGACACGGCUGGUAUACUUUUCGGCCACCGGGUGGCGGUAGAGACUCCAUGUUUUACCUGAAGAAACCUUACUUCUGA